AUUAAUCAAGUGUGCGUGUGUAUUUUUUUUACUGAUAAAAGCCAUCAUCACUAUUACUAUUUACUACAAUCUACAGUUAGUAGUACUACUACACUACUACUAGUGACUACUACAACUACAACUCUGUAGGUGCUAAGCGGUGGUGGCGGCAGGCGGCAGCAGGAACAGCUUCAGUGGUCCACCGUCAGUUGUACAACAGUGGUCUAGCGUCUUCUCUCUCGUCUUCCGAUAUUCUUGUCGUCUGAAAACCGUGUCGAACGCUCGUCUGGCCGAUGUGACCACCGAGGCCCCCGACAGUCUCUCGACCGUUUUUAUCCGUGCGAACAACCGACGGGCCGGCGCGCGGACUGUAGUGCGUUCGUUCGCGCUCGACGAAAAACGGCUGUUGCCACGGCCGUCGUGAUUGUGCGAGCGCCCGCGCGUCGUGAGUGUGUCCGUGUGGCCUCCCGCCCGCGAAGGAGGAUAUUGUCAUGUCGUCCGCAAGAGCCUUGUGGACGACCCUGCGCCAGGCCGCGGCUGUCUGACACAGUCGGUACUCUCUGUUCCCGAAGACGGAGCCGACCGACCGUUGGUGGCCGCCGUUGUUCGCGCCUGACGCGGCAGGGCGCGAUCAGUCGUCGCUAUGUCGGCGUUGUUCAAGAGAGCCGAACAGUUGAAACGGUGGGAGGAAUCGGACACUAACCGAGAGUCGCCAUCCCGCAAGAACAUCAAGGCAGUAUCGUUCCCUAUAGACUGUGCUUUCCUAGCGUCUGUCUCGUCAGGCGAUAAGAACGAGGUGAACAGCUUGCUGUACUUGGCCGCUGACAUCAAUGCCGCUAAUGCGGAUGGUCUUACAGCUUUGCAUCAGGCUUGUAUUGAUGAUAACCUAGAUAUGGUUGAAUUUUUGGUUGAACAUGGAGCUGAUGUGAAUAGAGGUGAUAAAGAAGGAUGGACACCAUUGCAUGCAACAACAUCUUGUGGAUUUGUUAGCAUUGCAAAAUAUUUAUUAGAACACGGAGCAGAUGUAUCAGCAAUUAACUGUGAUCAAGAACUAGCUAUUGACAUUGCAGAAUCUGAUGACAUGAGGAAACUUUUAGAACAACAUUUAAGAGAUAUGGGCAUUGACUGUGAUGAAGCAAGGAACAAAGAAGAGAGACUGAUGCUAAAAGAUGCUCGAGAAUGGAUUAAUACUGGCAAAUUUAAGGAUUCUCCUCAUGCUACUACUGGGGCAAUGGCUAUACACGUAUCUGCUGCCAAAGGAUACAUUAAAGUCUUAGAGCUCCUUAUUCAAGCUGGUGCAGAAGUCGACUGUCAAGAUUAUGAUGGUUGGACACCAUUACAUGCAGCAGCAUAUUGGGGUCAAAAAGAAGCUUGUGAAAUAUUAGUUGAACAUUUCUGUAAUAUGAAAAAGAAAAAUUUUGUGGGUCAAACAGCAUUUGAUGUUUCUGAUGAAGAAAUGAAAGAUUUACUAGAUGAAUUAAAAAAGAAACAAGCUUCUCAAAAUAAAGAUGCAUCGGAUAAAAAUUACCUAAUAAGUAAUAAAUUAUCAAAUUCUCAGAAUCAAAAAAGAAGAUCUUCAAUCAGCAGGCUAUCCGGUAAUGACAAAUCAACAUUGAAAAAGGACAAAGAAACCGUAUUAGAUCGAAAUCGAGUGAUUAAAGAGGAAGAAGAUGAUAUUAAGAUUAAGGAUGACCCCACAAUACAUCAAAAAGUGGAAAUUCAACUUACACCUAUUGAACAGACAUCAGAAAAUAAUAUUGGAAAUACAACCAAAGAAUUCAAACAGCCUAUUGUCCCAUUAUCAGACAAUAACGAAUUAAAGCCUCCAGAGGUGGUUUUGCGUAGAACGCAAAGUUUCGAGUCUGAUGAAAAGUUUUAUCGACGUUAUUGUGAGUUACGUGCUAAAAUUAAAGGUAACUUGUGGGGAGUUAUACAUCCUUCUCCAUCUACAGCAUGUGCUUCACCUCCUAUGAGAACUGCUUCAUUAAAGGAAAAACCUCUAUCAAGGCGGAAUAAAAGUAAUUUUAGAGAUGAUCAAACAAAUUUAGCAACUGCUCAGAGCAGUUUGAAUUCAAAUGAUACAACACAUCCAACUCCAAAUAUUCGCAGUGGUGUCAAAGCAUUUAUCAGUGGUCUCCAAAUGCAACAGAAACAAUCAGAAACAACCCAUAAAAUAGUCCCUGGGAACAUCUUUAAAAACUUUUUCAAGUCAUUUGUUCCUCCGGUUAGAGAUGACGAAUCAGAAACUCAACGAAAAGCACAUGCUAAACGUGUUCGAGAAACUAGACGUUCCACUCAAGGAGUGACUUUAGAAGAACUAAAAUCUGCUGAACAAAUUGUUAAGCAAAAAAAUCAGGAUACUGGCAAAAGCAAAUUAAGCAACUCUCAAGUGGAAACAAAUAAUAACUCCACAAACAAUAUUGGAAUACCACACGCUAAAAAAGAAGAGCAUGUAACUGUUACGGCUACGAUUACUCCAUUGCCCCGAAAUAUUCCAUCUAACAUGCCAGAUAGCUGUUUGGAACGAAGGCCGUCUUGGAGACUUAGGGUCGAAAACGGCAGCAAGUUUUUGCUUGAAGAUGCUCGAUCUAAUGAAGCAGUUCCAAAACCUCCAACAAAGUCACACAUUCCGUCAUCUCCUGAUACUAGUGCAGAUACAACUGUCACAUUACCAUUGAGGCGUCCUUCACCUAAAGAAAUUGACGAUAAAGAUCAAGAUAAAGAAAAUGAAUUCCGCAAUCACCAGGCUACUCAAGCAGUUAUACAAAGAAGGAAAAGGCCAAAGCGGAGAUCUACUGGAGUGGUUCAUGUUGAUUUAGAUGAAAUUGAUCCGGACAGACAAGAUACCUCUUCUUGUGGCGGUACCGAUGAUAGUAUCGGAGAGAGCGGCGGAGAUACCAAAUCGAAUCCGACGUCGCGGCUCGGUUCAAUAUCGUCAUCACUAGACAGUAAACAGAGUAGUGCUGCAAAUUCUCCCGGCUCGUGUUCUGAAAACGGUGACAUCGAUUACAAAGCUUUGUAUGAAGAAGUAGUCGUAGAUAACGAACGAUUGAGGCGACAGUUACAGAAGACUGAGGAAGACCUACUAGAAGCAAAAAUUACUAUAGAAAAACAAUCGACCAAUGCUGGAAAAAGCACGACAUUAUCGGAAACGGAAAAACGAGAAAGGCGGGCUAUGGAGAGAAAACUGUCAGAGAUGGAAGAGGAACUCAAGCAAAUGGAACUGUUACGCCAAGAAAAUCAGAGGUUAAAAGACGAGAAUGGUGCUUUAAUUCGAGUUAUAAGUAAACUUUCAAAAUAGUGAUACAUUUUUUCUUAGACUAAUUAAUUUAAUAAUAAAUACCUACAAAAAUAACUGCUUUUAUUCAUAUCAUAAACACAUAUAUAUAUAUAUAUUUAUUUAGCAUUCAGUAUUAAUUCAUUUUGUCUAGAAGCUACUAUUUUUAUAAUAAAUUCAUACUUAUAUUUUAUUGUAAUUUGUACUAUACUUGUUUUUUUUUUAUUCGCCACUCAACAGAUCUGAUAUAUAUUUUGUAUUGAUUAUAAUAUAUGCAAUGAUAAAAAAAAAUAGUGAUCUUGUAAACAACUAACCCAAAUUUCAUAAAUUUUUAUUACUUUAGAUUAAAUAAAUUUUAUUAUUAUUAUUUUUUUUUAAAUUAUAUAAAUACAAAUUAAUUAAUAUUUUUAAUGUAUAUACAAUAUACCAUUUUUCCUCGUGUAUACUAUUUUAUAUAAUAAUUGUAUUUUGUUGUUCUGUUGUAUGCGGAUGUUUAUUUUGGUAUACAAUGAAAAUUAAAAAAAAAAUUGACCGCAUUUAAAAAUGUUCAAAUAUAUAUGUUUGUUUUUAUUC